AUGGUUGCUUUUAGAGAGGCAUUAGAUUUUUGUGGACUUCGAGAUCUUGGGUAUGUGGGGUCUCCUUUCACAUGGUGCAAUAAUCAGUUCAAAGGGGUAAUAACAUGGAUCAAACUUGACAAGGGAGUGGCCUCACCGUCAUGGACAACAAUGUUUCCAUUUGUUCGUGUGCAUCACAUUGCAGGUUCUUUGUUGAAUCAUUCACCUUUGUGGGUGUGCUCGGAUGAUGAAAAUACGCGGUUCUACAAGAAGAGGAGGCCAUUCCGCUUUGAAGCAGUAUGGAUGAGAGAUAAGCAUUGUGAAGGUGUUAUUAAAAAUGCAUGGGGAUGUCAUACAAGGGGUAUGCUAAUGGAUAAUCUCAUCCAUAAAGUGGAGGAAUGCCGAAUCCAACUACAAACAUGGAGUAGAAAUUUCGUUGGUAAUAUCUGA